GCAACCGAGCGACCCAACCUUGCCUCUAUCUAACACCACAGCGGGCACAGACUGAGUGCGCGUAUCCGCGAUCAUUGGCGCUCGGUCGCGCUAGCGCACGUACGUAUAGCACAGCGAGUAGCUCCGAAUGAGUGAAGGAGAUAGAAAGAGCAGUAGUGACCACGGUCCGAGCUCGAGAGCAUGCUGAAGGACCAUACGCUGAGUAAACCACUUUUUGUGCGGAAGGGCAAGUUGCGUGCUGCUUCCAACUCGGACUUUUCGUAUAAAAUAACACGACAACGAGAGCAAGCUAGCGAGUGAAUAAGAGAGAGCGAGAUAUAUACGCGCCAGUGCCGCCUCGCAGCGGGCCGGACAGCAAAGGGGAACACGACGUGCUCUCUCGCUAGUUCUCUAAACGAAGAGAGGUUAUAGUUUUUAUCGUGAUACAUAAAAGUGUGUGUUUAUUUCGCUAUAAGUCUUGCAAGCGCGCUCCUUCGUCAUGCUCGUCCUUUAAACAAACAGUGCUUUCGUGCUAAAUAGCAGUGCUUGCAGCAGUGGCAGCGGCAUCAGUAACACCAGAUACAAGUUGUCCUGCCUCCAGAUAGCAGCGCACGCGUGAGCAUUUCAAGGUUCAAGCCCUUCAAUUAAUCCGUAAUAUAAACGAGUUCUCCUCGCGAAACAAAACUCAUCGAAAGAGUGUCAAGUGGCGCUUAAUGGAUUGAAAGCGAAUGGCUAUGCAUAGCCCUUUUGUUCGCUCUCUCGUGAUAAAACUUUAACGACGCCCCCAGCCCUUCUCUCUCCCAAAUGUGUGCUCGAAUGGAGGUACGUGUGCAUGCGAAAGUAUGAAUGGGCGGAGGAGCCGAAGAGGAUAGAUAACAGCGAAGGUAUCAAUCAGCGAUGGUUGCGGGUCUCCCAUCGAUGGAUCAAGGAGGCAACUCAAGGAAACAUCAAAGCUCCGACAGUCGGAUCAAAGAUGAAAUUAAAUUCACAACUGACGGAAUCUUCUUUUGUCAUGCCAAAGCAAUACCGGCACACACACAUACACACACAAAAAUGGGCUGCUUCGGGAGCAAGGACAAGCUAAGCAAAGAAGACAUGGACUUCCUAAAGUCCCACACGAGAUACGACGAGGCCACCAUCAAAGAAUGGUACAAAGGAUUCAAACAAGACUGUCCAAAUGGCAGGCUCACGCCCGCCAAGUUCGUCGACAUGUACAAAAUGUUCUUCCCCUCAGGGAACGCCGAGGAGUUCUGCGACCAUGUUUUCCGCACAUUCGACAUGGAUAAAAACGGCUAUAUCGACUUCAAGGAAUUUUUGCUAGCGAUUGACGUCACAUCUAGUGGUACGCCCGAGGAAAAGCUCAAAUGGGCGUUCAGGAUGUAUGAUGUUGAUGGCAAUGGUGUUAUAGACAUUGGGGAAAUGACGAAAAUUGUCCAGGCGAUAUACGAUAUGCUGGGCGCUUGCUCGAGCAACAGGCCGGCGGACAGCGCAGAGGAGCGAGCCAAGAACAUAUUCGCCAAGAUGGAUGAGAAUAACGACGGCCAGCUCACGCAGGACGAGUUUCUCAAGGGUUGCCUCCAGGACGAGGAGCUGUCCAAGAUGCUCGCGCCUUAAUCCAACAAUGGCAAAAACAUCGCUGUCACCACGCGACACAUCUGGCCGAUCAGUUCGAUCAUCGGGUCAGAUAAAAAGACAGGCCACCAUCAAAAAAAUAAUAAAAAGCAAACAGAAAAUAAAAAAAAAGAACAAAGAGGACGACGAGGCGCCACUUGCGCGCGCGCCCCAUUGCAACAGUUUUCCGCUCUCGUAACCGCGAUGCGUACUACAUACAAAUACCACAGAAUGUCUCAGGCAUACCUGCAUACGUUAUAUACAUAUACAUAUUCAUAUAUAUAUAUAUGUAUAGUGCAGUAAGACAAAGACUCCUUAUCUUGACGUGACGCACAUCGAUUUUUAGCCGGUCUGCUGUCGUCUUACGGACGCUUAGAUCAGCAUUAUUAUUAGUUUUAUUAUUGGUAUUAUUGUCAUUACUAUUAUUAAGAUAUAUUAUAUAAACGAUAUAUAAAUAUAUAGGUACAUUACUAAACCGACGUUGACAAGCCGAUGCGAAUAGCUUCCAAAAGUAACGAGCAUUUUUGUAAAGCCAUCUCUCGAUCAGACCGUUGUAAAUUAAUCUGCAUAUACAUACACACACGAAUGUACUUGCCAGCUAUACGCGCGUCACGCAUCCUCGCAUGCAUCAAUAACAGACUGCUUCUCUGACUAUCGGCCCAAACGGUUCUGCUCGACCUAUUCCUUUAUUGCGUAUACGUACUCGCCUCUCCUCCUCCCACAGACUUCUUUCAACUCUAGCUCUUAUGUACGAUCUACAUUUAGCAGAGAAUAAAGAGGAAUAAAUUUGUUACGAGUUCUUUCGAUUUUGCUGUUCGUUUAAGAAAACACCAAGAGACAGUUGAGCAAAAAAACAUCAGAAUGCCGUGUCGCAAAAUUUUGCCACCAGAUGCCGAUUCAUAAAUAAGCAAAGCUUCGAAAGUUUUUGUCUUCUUGUUCGCUGGUGUCUGAUAAUCGGUAAGCGUGGUGGUACAAAACGCAACGCAAUUUAUUUCACAUCGGAGGAGCGUACGAUCGGAUAAAAGCUGCAAAUAAUCAACAUCGAAAAGGCAAUUUUCGUUGAUGAGUUUCGAUUGUUUUGUAUUUUCAGUUGUCGAGUGCAUAAUCUAGAAGAGAAGAAAUUCACAUCGUAAUAACUGCUCAAAGAGCUGUACGAUAUUGUUACUUAAACUUUCUAUCGUUUGAGUAUUAUUAUUAUGGAACUCGCAAAUGUAUUUUACAUUUUGAUAUCUGAUAGCUAGCUGCGACUGAACAUAUUUCAUUUGGCUGUUUCUUUCGGCGUGCAAUGUCGUUAUCGCGUGUAUCAGCUCGAACAAAAAUUAUAAAAUGUAUCUCCAUGUCAGCUUAAAGAUUUCAGCGGGGCUAGGCUUAUUCCUGUAAUAGAGUGUAAUAUCUGUCGUAAAUGAUCGGCUCUCAACUUAAAAUAAAAUAAACGCGUGCGAAAAUAGAUUUAGUGAUAGCCUUUGACCAAGUGCAUGUUAUAAAUAGAGGAUCUAGCGACGACGAGUGAAAAUAUGAUUGUACUAAUGAGAGCACGAGCGAUAUAAUCGCAAACCUUUUGGUGCUUUAACUGAUUCUCCGCUGUUUCUAUUUAAUUAGAAUUAAUUUGGGCGAAGAAUCGUAUGGCAACUUUAAUGAAGCAAUCCGAAACUUGCAAUUACACAAUCAUCGCUAGCGAUCGAUUGGCUCGACAAAUUAAAAGCGUCGGGUGAACCGCUGACACAGAAACAAAGACGACUAUUGCCUACAAAGCCUUUCUAAGGUUUUUAACGGAAUUUCUAAUUGACGCCCGUUAGCCCCGCGACAACGGCAUCACUUCACUUGUACUACACUCGUCGCCAUGAAAAUAAUUGGAACAAUCGAAUUUCAUGCAGAUGUAAAACUCUUAUUUCACUCGAAUUCAGCUGUUCGAUUACUUACAAUGGUUUAAUACUCGCUCUCUGCGACUCAUUUCAACGAGUUUUCAAGAAUCGAGCUCGGGUCUCAGGAACUAUAUUUGGGCUUGGACAGAAAAAUCAGAUCGAUGGAAGGAAAAACUAAUGAUGCGUGUAACAGUCGGAGUAUAUCUUGUCGCAUUUCUUUAGGUUAGAUACAUAUCAUCUUGUUCUUUCACAUACGUGACACCUAACUAUAUGAAUAUUUGAGCAUAAUCGUGGAUACGUAUAAUACGCUAGAAAUAUUUCUCUGUCGAAAUCAAGUAGACUUACUCGAAUAAAUCUAUCGUCUAUCAUCGUAGUUUGACACACAAUAUGCAUUUCUUAUAACUAUCGUUAAAAUAUCGAUUGUAAGCUAUACUUAGUAUAAGUGUAAUCAAACUUUCAAGUCAAUUCCCAGUGAAGAACGUAUGCUCUGUCGCUUUUCCUUUGAUUUCGAGCAUUUUGAAUAUCAAAUACCAACCACAUGAACAAAUUAUCAAUUCUAAAUUUCAAUAUAGCUUUAUAGCUUUCUUAUCAAAUUGAUAAUGAGAACCAUUUUCGAAUAAAAUAUUAUGUGUCUAUGCGAUUUUUAUUCGAGCGCAUUAGUGAAAUGAAAUUUCAGUUUCUGUCAAUGUCAAUCUUUGCCGUACUUGAAACCACAAAAAACUUGCUUAAUUUAUUGAUCAUCUAAGGGAAAAUGCUUUUGUCUGAAGAAUUAGUAUUAUUCUAAAUAAAAGAAUGAACAAUACAAAAAAAAAGUUUUUUACUAAUCUUCGCAUGAAAAAUCAGUCAAACCACAUAAUAACCGUAAUGGAAUGUGGCUGAAUUAAUAAAAAAAUUAAGAAAUUACAAACAAGAGCUAGGAAUUGCCACAUGGCAAUCCAUCCGAAAGUCGAGCAUUGACAAUCGAAACCUUUAUCGCGAAUCUUUUGCACGUGCAAAUAAAAGUCUGCCAUAAAAAAAUAUAGAGAAACGAAGUUCGGGUGAAAAUCAUUAUUGUGAGAAAUAAUAUCGAUUAUUUACUCCCCACGAAUUACAAAAUAGAUGUUGAAAACGGGUAAUUACGCGCAAAAAACAUUAAUCCACAACAUGGAUUGUGCUCCACAUUUUUGUACUUUGUAUUUUUCUACUCUGCUUCUUCAACUCAUAAGCCUUAUCUUGAAUCUCAUAUUCCUCAUAGUUAGUUUUACUUAAUUAAUUAUAAUUUUCCGUUCGUUUUCUUUUCAAUAUUGUAUACAUAUUGUCUUCAAAAUGUAUUUAUUAAUCAUUCAGUUACAAAACAAUUCCAUCGGUUCCAGCAUUUCGAUUUUUGUGUUUUUGUACAUUUGACAGACUUUUUAACAUUGUAAUUUAAAAAAAUGUAGAAAAGGUGUCGAUAUUUUAAUUUCUUUUUUACCUUUACUCGUUGUUUUAUUUUUUCCACACUUUCAAAUUACAGCAAGAUAAAAAUAACUUCUCAUGAUUAAAGAAAAUAAUGUCAUAUUUAUAUGAUUUUCUCAUCAUUGCACACUUAUAAAAAUAUGUUAUUUACUCUGAUUCUGACAGAAAAACAGACUAUAAUAAUCAAUGAGUUCAGUGAAUUUUAAUUUAAUUUACUUUCCCGUGAAUUAUCUCUCAUUUGUAUUUUUUAUAAUAACAAGUCUAAAAUUUGUGAUAAAAUAUUACACAUUUUUCUCAAUAAAGUCAUUUAGAUAUAUUUGCAGUCUAAAAAUUUCCGGUUUCUUAUUUUUUAUCAAUUAUAACGACAUUUUAUGUUGCUUAUUGGAUUUUUUGUCCUUAAAUGAAUUUUAAUUAAAAAUGAUACAUUCAUCAAUACAAAUAGUUGACUGUAAAAAUUUUUUUCUAUUUAAAGAAAUCCAAAAGUCAAUAGCACUCAUCUGCUCGACUUAUAUUUAAAUAAAUCGACUCAAUUAAAACGUAAAAAGCAAGAAUGACUUAGACGGCAACGGUAUUGCCGAUCAAAUAAGUAAUUUCGCCAACUCGGAAGGCCUCUAAUGAAAAAGAAAAAAGUGUCGCCGAGAAAGCUGAUACUCCGAGCCAGAUACGUAAAUAGAGCCAUUAAAAGGACACAAGCGAGUGGGAGAAAGAAAUACUUACGUUACGUGCUUGCGCGAUACGCCAGCGAAGUUAAAUCCGGCAGGAAGGAAGCUUAAAAAAAUGAGUGUUCCGCGAUAAUAAGUAAUUAGUACGCUGGAUCUAAUGAAGAGAAUGACGAUAAAUAGAACGCGCAGCCGGGAAUAAGAUAAAGUGGAUAAAGACUUUAAUAAUUUGAGUUUUGCAAUUAACUGGCUGCUCGACUUUCUGGAAAACAAAAGUCUGUGGAGUUACUUUACAUUAUACCUAACACUGACAAUCUACUAUUAUCCAGGUGAGCGAGAGUUUUUUGUUACUGUAAUGUCAUCCACUGAGCACAUUUGUGUCCUCUAAAAUUAAGAAAAAACUAUUUUCCCACCAAGACUUAUAAUUUGCUAGCAUACUAUUUCCCUGUCAUUUAUCAUCGAGACAGUUUUGUAAAUUUAAAUGUUGAAAUUACAUUCAAGUAAUGUAAUCUACAGAAAAUAUUACAAGUAUCUUAAAAGUUGUCUUGAUUAUGAUGAAAAUUAUGUUGCGCGCGUACUUAAGGGCCUCGAGUAUGCUACACAUAAAUGGCUUGGUACGCGAUGCGAACAGUUUACCAAAACUAUAUUAAAGGUUGUAGCGUCGAUUUUGGCCUCAGUGUGUGAAACAUUUCUCUGUUGAUGUACAAAUAAUUUACGUUUCAACUGUUUAUUUCAGUUGAGAUAAAUUUUACGUACUAUUUCAUUCAUGCUCAACUCUAACUUAAUAUAACAAAUCUCGAGAUUAUAAAUCUUUAUUUUACUCGUCUGAAAUUUACUUUGAAAUUCAUCUCAACGUAUAAACGUAUACUGAUUAUAUCAAAACUGACGCUCAUUUGUACCCGAGCCUUGAAUGAAUAUAUUUGAAACCAAUGAAGCAACUGAAUUUAUCUUCCACUCGAGAGAGAUUAUAAACUUUAGAAAAGUUUGACGAUCGUUUCACCACAAUUUUCAUGGAAAUAUUAUUUUUAAAAUUAUAUAAAAAACAUGAUAGCUAUACGAUAUUGCUAAAUAUAUUAUCUAAUUGUUUUUUUAUCCGUCAUUUCAAUUUAGAAGGAAGAAUUGUUUGCCUUUCAUUAACAUUCCACGCUCUCUGUAAAGAAUGAAUUUUGGAUAAGGUUUUCAUCGAUAUAAUGAAUGUUAAAAAUGUCUGCCAUCGCUCAAUAGAGAAUAAAAAUAUAUUCUAUAAUUAAUAAUCUGGUGAAUCGAUUAGAAGAUUUGUGGUUAAAUAUUAAUCGAUAAAUGCCGAUAAUCCUUAUUCUCAGUGAAUGCAGCAUCAUAAAGAGAUUUUUUUUCCAAAAAAUUUGUUAUGAGCAUAUUGCAAUUAUUAUUCAAAUAUUUCUUUUGUAUAAUUGAUAGAAAGAUGUAAACAAUUAGAUUAUGUUAAUAUUUUCAUUGCUAUAUACUGCCUAUGAUAAGAAGUUAGCGUAAGAUAAUAACUGAAUGGCAAUUGUUGAUUUUUUACGUUGUUCAGCACGGCAAAACCUUAAAAUCCUAUGUGUUUAAAUUUAAACGUUUUAAGUAUGUAAUUGUAACGUCACUCAUAAGAAAUACAUUGUCGCUGAAUUUAAACGUUUAAAUUUAAACACACAUGGGUUUACCGUGCAGAGAUUUAAUUAAAAGCAGAUUAGCAAGCGUUUUUCUUUAAUCAUUUACUCCAUUUCAUAUAAAUUGUCGAAUAUCUCAUCCAGUAUGACUAUGCUCAGCAAUUUAUCAGUUGAAAAUUGUGCGAAAACACCUACAUCUAGUCGAAAUCGGUAAAGUAAGUGCUGAUGCAAAAUUGUUUGAAAACAUCCUGGAAAAAAUAUAUCAAAUAAAAUGUGUAAUAUUUUUAUGAUUGUAUAUACAUUUUAGGAAACUAAUUUUUGUUUGGCUUAUCUUGUCCACGCAAAAUGCAUGUGGGCCACUAUAUGUACUUCAUAAAAGUUAGCUAUUUUCAAAGAGAAAUUCAUUGAAAUAAGAUUUAACUAUAGUAUAUUAUAAGUGGGUACCUUCUUUAAAUUGUACUAUGUGUCUAAUCGGAAACAAAUAGCACAGAACAGAAUCAGUUCUGCACAAACUAAUUUUAAUAAUUCUGUAGAACAGAUAAACUCUUCGUAAUACAUUGAUACUCAUCAUUUACACUAAUUGGUGUAUGUGUAUAUACGAUAAUACACCCGUGUAUAUAGGCACAUGUUAAUUAUUAUGUGAAAUUAAAUAUCAAUACGUAUUUCGAGGUUUGAGCCACUUCCAGUUGAGUUCCACUCGAAAAAAAUUGUUAUAAUGGUCAUUUUUUUCUGUAAUCAAACAUUGUCGUAAUGCCAUUUUUAAUCUUUAAUUAGAAUUGCAGUAUUUGAUGAAUAUUUUAAUAGACUACCUGAUUUCAUUAGCAUUAUUGAAAGAAAUGUUUCUUCUCGUGUGUUGCGAUACUAUACUACUCUAAUUCAAGAUUGCUAUCAAAAGAUCAUAAGACUUAAAAAUACGCUGAUUAUAUAUUUUAAGUAGCUCAACUGGAGUUUGGUCAGACUCGUCCCCGCAGUGACGACCAGAACGUUUACCGUCUCUCUUUUUAUCCUUUCACUUUUUCUCAAUUCUAUGCCUCUUUCAUCGAUCUUAACGGCAGUCUCACAGCAUGAAAUAAUGUUAUAUAUUCGCUCAGAGUCAAUCAAAACAAAAAACUCGAUGAGAUUGGUAGAUAGACGAGAAUAUGGUGAAGUGGCAAUUACGUUGCGUAUCAACACACGAAUAUUAAUGUUUUGUAUAUGGCCGUUGCAGCCAACAACUUGAUGUAUCAUUAUUCGUUAUGUUUACUAUUAUAGUUGAUUGUACAUUUUAUGAUUAUUGAUAUUAUUAUUACGAUUAUGAAAAAUAACAAUAAUGAAUUACUAUUAUUAUUAUAAAUAAAUCGCACU